UUAAAUAAACAUUAUUUAAAAUUUCUCUGGUUGGUUGAAUCACAAGUUAGUAUAAAAAGGUAUCAUUACCAAAAAGUGAGUUAGUCUUUGUUCAGUAACAAAAUGAAAAUGACAUUUGGACUUAUAUUUUUGUGUAUCUUCAUCAUCGGUUCAUCUUAUGCCCGAACCGAUCAAGAGGUAAAGCAGACUUUUGUACAAGAAGCUGUGGAGUGCAGCAAGGAAAUCCCGGUUUCCAAGGAUGAUAUCCAAAAGUUGAAGGAAACCCACGUCGCUGCAAACAAAAACGUCAAGUGUCUAGUUAAAUGUGUAUUCCAGAGGAAAGGAAUGAUUGACGAUAAAGGGAUGUUUGAUGAAAGCGGCUCGAUGAAAAUGUCGGAGAAAGAAUACGAAAGCGACAAAGACAAAAUGGAGAGCGUCAAGAAAUUGUACGACAUUUGUAAAAAAGUAAACGACGAGCAGAUCAGCGAUGAUGAAGACGGUUGUGAAAGGGCAGCCGCCUUAGCUAAUUGUCUAAGCGAUAAUGCUGUUCAGUUGGGAUUUUCUAUUUUCUAAGGAGCAAGAAACAUAUCUUACGUAUCUACAGAAGAUAGCUAGAG